GAAUUAAUUUCUCAGCUAUGUGGACUUAUGCGAGAGAGUUGCUGGAGGGAGAUAAGAUUUCAAUUCUUCUAGACUCUCAUUUAAUUGGCUGACUUGGCAAGAGGAAUUGGAAUUUGGCUGGAAACUUUUGUAGGGCUGCGUGGCAUUAUUUGAAGGAUUAGGGGUAAAAUAAAUGAGGGUCAUGUUGAUGAAGGACUCUCAUUGGCUAGAGAGGUGAGGAUUAGCUGGGUAUAAAUUGAAAUUCCUCUUUGUGGCCGGUGGUGGAUUAAAGGAGCAAGGGAAUUUCAUGGGUGGAGAUCAAAGACAUUUAUUUGCUAUUGGAAUUGAAUUUGGCUGUGUGAUUCACUAAGGAUCGAGGGAGUUGUUCUUUUGAUUUAUUCAUUUUAUUCUAUUUUUAUUGAAGAUCACGUGUAUUAGUAUUUGUUUCGAUCAUUUAGCUAUGCAUAGCUAAACAUUUAUUUCAGUUAUAGGGCGUUGAAUCAUUGAUGACUAUGUUCGAUUAAUGCAAUUCAUCUCGUAAAUUGUAGGUGGUGAAUGGGGUUCGAUGUGUACGUGGGCAAUUCAUCUCGUUUUACUUGUCGUCCAAAAUUAUUUGCGGUGAAUGGGGUUUGCUGUGUGAAUAAAAACAAGGUCUUCAGGAGGUGAAGACUUUGAAUCUUAUACGGAGAUCAUGAGACGGGAUACCGAACUAAGAAAGAAGGCUUGACAAGGAGUAUCUAGUUUGAGAUCGAAAGCGAGGACGCAGCGAACGAAAGUGAGAGCGAGGAGAGCCAAGAAUACGCCAAUCACAACAUUGAGAGCGUAGUAAUGGUGAACAAAGAGCGUACUUUGAGGCAACUUGCUAUUGUCGUACUACCGCAACAAUCUCUUUGCAUAAUUUUCCUGGAGAUGAAUGAUACCACAUUCGAGUUGAAGUCUGGGCUGAUUCAUUUGCUUCCAUCGUUCCAUGGCCUCGCUAGUGAGGAUCCACACAAACAUCUGAAGGAGUUUCAUACGGUGUGCUCAGCAUGAAACCCACCCAGGUGACCAAGGAGCAAGUCAAGCUACGCGCAUUUCCAUUUUCUCUCAAUGAAGUUACAAAGGACUAACUUUAUUACUUGCCUUCGAGUUUGAUCACUACAUGGGCAGGAGAACAUCUUUCUCCAGAGGUAAUUUUCGGCGAUACAAGUCGUCGCUCGAUGAAAAAAAAAUUGUGGAGUGCUGCAGAUGCAAUGAGAAACACUGUACGAGUACUGGGAAGGUUUAAGAGGCUAGUCGCGAGUUGUUCGCAGCACCAGAUGGCCGACCAACUAUUGAUCCAAUAUUUUUAUGAGGGCCUUUCACUCAUGGAGAGGAAUAUGUUAGAUGCGGCUAGCGGCGGUGCACUCAUGGACAAAACUCCUACGGCAGCAAGGGAGUUAAUUGCUAACAUGGCAGCUAAUUCUCAACAAUUUGGUACUCGUGGUAUCUUGCAGAAGUUGGCUUAAGAAGAAGAAAAUUGAUUCUUAGAGGCUCAAAUCAAGGAGUUGACCUCCGUGUUCAAAAUCUAUCUAAAAUGAAACUAAACAAAAAAGUUGUUCUUGAACAAGCUCGGUUCAACUCGUUUAGUUGUCUGAACUAAGCUUAUUAUACAUACGACUGAGCUUUAGAUUUCACGAUGGAACCGAGCUCACUUCGGCUCGCUUAUUAAACGAACUAUGUGGGAAUGUGUGUCUGAAAUCACCUAAUUGGCUACUUGUCAAUUAAUUCAUGGCAGGAACAUUUAUUUUUCUCUCAUAUUUAAAAAAAGACAUGUUUGCUUUGGCACCAUGCAGUACUAGUUAAAAACAAAAACGAAAAAAAAAAACCACAGGGAACGUAAGCCAGAGGGACUCUUAACAAAUUUCGUGGCCUUUAUAUUGCAAAGCUCCCACGGAAAAAACAAUCCACAGAUUCUCUCUGUAUCUCAUUUUUACUGUAAAAACCCACAAGCCCAAUUCUUGUAAUUAAGCAAGAAAAAACCCAAAAAAAACAAAAAAAGAUAAUAACAAAAACAAAAACGAAAGGAAAAUGGAGAUUGAAGCGCUUAGCAACAUUUCCAUCAAGGGCAUCCUCGGAUUGCUGAUGGCGAAUGUAGACGCCGAUGGCAAAAGGUUAAUUUCGCUGGGCAUUGGCGACCCAACAGUUUAUUCUUGCUUCUGCACAACCGCCGCGUCUCAGGAAGCCGUCGUCGACGCCUUGCGCUCCGCAAAAUUCAACGGCUACGCGCCCACCGCUGGCCUUCCUCAGACCAGAAAGGCACUGGCUGAUUACUUCUCCCUUGAUCUGCCUUACAAGCUGCUACCCGAGGAUGUUUAUGUUACGGCUGGCUGCACGCAGGCUAUUGAGGUGGCCCUCUCGAAUUUGGCUCGUCCGGGAGCCAAUAUCCUUCUGCCGAGGCCCGGAUUUCCCAUCUAUGGGAUUUGUGCUUCGUUUAGGAAUCUUGAAGUUCGAUAUUUCGAUCUUCUUCCUGAUAAACAAUGGGAAGUCGAUCUAAGUGCAUUGGAAAAGCUAGCCGAUGACAACACUGUGGCUAUGGUUGUCAUUAAUCCCGGCAAUCCGUGUGGGAAUGUGUAUUCGUAUCGACAUUUGAAAGAGAUUGCUGAAACUGCAAAGAAACUCGGCAUUGUUGUGAUUGCGGAUGAAGUUUACGGGCAUCUUGCUUUUGGGGCAAACCCUUUUGUGCCGAUGGGAGUUUUCGGGUCUUUAGUUCCCGUCAUCACUCUCGGCUCCUUGUCAAAGAGGUGGUUAGUGCCAGGCUGGCGCCUCGGUUGGCUAGUCAUAAAUGAUGUCGAUGGCUGUCUAAAGAGCCCAAAGUUUGUGGCAAAGCUUAAGAAAUAUUGCGACAUUAAUGGAGGUCCUGCAACCUUCAUACAGGCGGCAGUUCCGACUAUAAUCGAGCAAACGCAACAAGUUUUCUUCGGAAAAACCAUAAAUAUAUUGAAACAGGCUUCCAACAUUUGCUACGAAAAGAUUCGAGAGAUUCCUUGCAUCAGCUGUCCUUCGAAACCGGAAGGUUCCAUGGCAUUCAUGGUGAAGCUGAACGUGUCGAUGCUCAAAGAUAUUAGCGAUGAUAUCGACUUCUGUUUCAAGCUAGUGAAAGAGGAAUCUGUUAUAAUUCUUCCAGGGCUUGCUGUAGGCGUAAAAAACUGGCUACGAAUUACAUUUGCUGUCGAGCCAUCGGCUCUCGAAGAAGCUUUGGGGAGGGUGAAAUCUUUCUGCCAACGGCAUUCAAGCUAGCAAAGCGCGAAAAAUUGGUAAAUUUGGGUGGAUUUUUUAUCAAAAUAAACUAACUGAAAAAAAGGCUUGUGUUGCUGCAUAUAUGCAUGCAGCCGGGGAACCUUGGAUUUUUUUUUAUUUUUUUUUUA